UGGGCACCGCACUGCUGUCGCAUUUCCGACAUGCGCCUCAUUCCGCAAUUCGCCAAGUCCAUCCUCAUGUCCGGAGUCGAAGAUGCCAAGCGCCUGGCCGCCCGCGCCGCCGUCGAUGAGUUCGUCAAGUCGGGCGAUGUCGUUGGCAUUGGCAGCGGCUCGACGGUUGUCUACGCUGCCGAGCGCCUUGGCGAGCGCAUCAAGGAAGAAGGCCUCCAGAUCUCGUGCAUCCCGUCGUCGUUCCAAGCGUCGCAGCUCAUUGCGCAGCAUGGCCUCAACUUGACCAACUUUGACUCGCAUCCGGUCAUUGACAUUGCGAUUGACGGCGCCGACGAGGUCGACACGCAGCUCAACUGCAUCAAGGGCGGUGGCGGCUGCCAUCUCCAGGAGAAGAUUGUCAUCUUCAACGCCAAGAAGUUUGUCAUUGUCGCCGACUACCGCAAGGAGUCGACGUUCCUUGGCGAGCAGUGGAUCCAGGGCAUCCCCGUCGAGGUCGUGCCCCUCGCGUACGUUCCGCUUACGCACAAGCUCAAGGAGCUCGGCGGGUCGCCCGUUCUGCGCAUGGCCAAGGCCAAGGCCGGCCCCGUCAUCACAGACAACGGCAACUUCAUCCUCGACACCCACUUUGGCAUUGUCCAGGACCCCGCGACGCUCAACCAGACGCUCAAGCUGCUCCCGGGUGUCGUGGAAGUCGGUCUCUUCUGCCACAUGGCGUCCAAAGCCUUCUUUGGCCAAGCCGACGGCUCGGUCAAGACGGCCGUGCCGCAGUAAUCGUCCUCGUCACUGCUAGAACCUUUUUGCAUAUUCAUCAUUCCUCUUUCUCGUCA